AUGUUUUUCAAGGCUCUGGAUCUGACCACCGCGCUCCGUCCUUUACUAUUGCCCGAUGAGACUCUGCUCUUUGUCCAGGAUGCGGUGGGGUUGUACGAAGGCAAAUACAAGGUCGCCAAUUAUCAAAAUGGCCAUGCGUACCUCACGUCACACCGAGUUUGCUACGUCGCCGUCGACGAACCACGGAAAUACUGUGUCGCCAUUGACCUGAAGGAAAUCGACAGAGCGGAAUAUCAAGCGGGUUUUUGGAAAUCGUCAGCGAAGGUUAUCAUAUACCCCAAACCUCCGAAGAACAUAGACGGACCUCGAGGCUCGGGUGCAAGCCCAUCGCGGUCGCUACCUUUGAGGACACAAUUAGCCGGCACGCAGUCACCCUUCCCUCAGACAUCGGCACCUAGCUAUACACCUCCUCCACCGAAGCCUGUGAAUGCGACAUGGGUUUGUCCAAUAUGCUCGUUUUCCAACCCAGUACCGUCGAAUUUCGACCCCUCUACGGCGACUAACUCUACACCAAUACCUCCUUGUCUCGCCUGUGGAAUAAAGCCUCCAUUUACGACAAUUUUGAAGGCUGCAAUUGCCGCGGCAACAAGCCGGGAAAGCCCAGCUAUAACACCCUCAACGUCUCAGGUCGGGCGAGGAACGCCACCGGCGGGGAUUGGGCCUACAAGUACAUCGAAUGGCAGUGGCUCGGUGAUGUGCCCGCGCUGUACAUUUCUAAACCACCCUUCUCUUCUUGAGUGUGAGAUUUGCGGUGCCUCUUUAUCGACUGCCAACGCGUUGCGGGGCCCCGAUAACCAGGACAGGUCGGAAUCUCCGGCACCUUUCUUCGAGGAGGGGAAUAUUCGGAAUACUGAUGUCAGCGAUCAUAUAAAGCUUUCCUUUCGAGGAGGCGGCGAGAAAAUCUUCCUUGAGAGACUCAAGGGAGCGCUGGUCCAGCGGAAAUGGCUGCUUUACAACGCACCCCCCGCCCCGCAGCAACCAUCACAGUCAAAGCCAACAUUGUCGCCAGAUCCGACAGGUGUAUCUACUGGUCUAACCGCGCCCGCUCAGACUCGAUCGCCUGGUGUUGGAAUCGCCGGUUUGGAAAGACGAGGGCUUGAAGCUCGCAAAAACAACGAGCUUAUGAUUGGAAAUGCGUUCGAAGAUUUGGAGGCGCUUAUGUCGUCUGCGAAGCAAAUUGUUGCAUUGGCCGAAACACUGGCGAGAGAAUCAGGCAUAGCUAACGAUGAGACUUCGGCGGAAACUAGCGCAGUUCUCUCUGAAUCUGCUGCCGCUCUUGGGAUGGUUACGACGAAAGAUAUGCUCGGAUCCAGCGCCAGCAACCUAUAUCUAUCUGAGCUAUCGCGAAACUUAGCCGAGUAUCUCACUGAUGACCGGAAGGGCGUCCUCCAGAAAGAAGGUGGAAUUAUGAGUCUUAUUGACCUUUGGGCGGUGUUCAAUCGCUCCCGAAACGGGGUUGAGUUGGUAAGUCCUUCGGACUUUCAAAGAGCGGCUGAGCUCUGGGAGAAGCUCAAGCUGCCUGUUCGACUUAGACGGUUUAAAAGUGGUCUCCUAGUAGUCCAAAGGUACGACUGGAGCGAUGAAAAGACCCUUCGACAGCUCCAGGACUGGAUGGCCGAUCUCCGACAGGUUCCACCUCCUGAGCCUGUUCCCUGGGACUGGCGCUCAUUUGGACAACCGGUAACAGCUCAGGAGGCAGCCCAACGUUUCAGAUGGAGCGUGGGAGUGGCAGCAGAAGAAUUGGAGAUGGCAGAGGACAAGGGUAUUUUCUGCAGAGAAGAGGGCAUUGAGGGGUUGAAGUUUUGGACGAACUUUAUAACAUUCGAUCCGACGCCCGCUAAACCUAAUGGCUUGGCUAUCUCAACUUUGGAGAUCUAA